AUGCGAGCGUCUGGUGGUCGAUCGAACAUUGGAACCCGUAGAUCGACCGGGUCUAACCCGAAAAAGUUACGGGAGCCAACAACAAAUCACCAGCAAGAAGCUAGCGAUGAUCUCGCCAAACAUCCUAGCACAUAUGGGGGGAAGGCGCGAUGCCCUAAGGGCACGUUCAGUACAAACAACCAUCGAAAACGACAACAACAACGUAAGUAUAAAACCAAUAUUGGUACAUGGAACGUCACAUCAUUAAAUGGUAAGGAAGUAGAAGUGGUCGAAGAAGCGCAAAAAUAUCAUCUGGACAUACUUGGAAUAUCAUCAACAAAAAGAAAAGGUAAAGGAUCAAUAACGUUAAAUAACGGGUGGCAAUUAUAUUAUUCUGGUGUUGAUACAACAACUUUUGCUCAAGCUGGAGUGGCAAUAUUGGUGAACCCGCGGUUGAUCGAUUCAAUCAUCGAAUGGAAACCAAUCGACGAAAGAGUAGUCCUUAUACGACUACAAUUAAAAAGAACUACUGCAACGAUUAUUCAAAUAUAUGCACCAAAUAACGAAGCCGACUAUUCAACUUUUCUCGAUGUCGUUUUUACGACCAUCGAGAACGUACCGAUGACUGAUUCUAUUUUCCUAAUUGGUGAUUUCAACGCACACGUGGGAAGCGACUCACAAACAUGGGAUGGUGUUAUAGGACCAAACGGUGAUCAAGAUAUCAACAAUCAAGGUAAGCAACUGUUAGAUUUUUGCUCUAACAGCGGCUUAUCAAUAAUGAACACAUUCUUCCAACACAAAAACAUACACAAAUACACAUGGUACAAAAGUGGUGGCCAAAUAACUCAGAGAUCUUUGAUUGAUUUUGUCAUCACAUCGGAUAAUAUUAAAAGAAAAGUAAUGGAUGUACGAGUCAAACGAGGUGCUGAGCUAUCUACUGACCACCAUCUAGUUGUAUGUAUCGUACAGCUCACAACGAACACUCCGAAACAACGAACACAAGCAAAGAACUUGUGCAGAAUUAAAUGGGAAGCACUCGGUGACGCAGAAAUCAAAGAAAAAUUUGCAAAAACGGUGGAUCAAAAAUACUCUCAACUACCAACAUACGAAGGUGAUAGUGAAUUAGAAUGGCUCCUAUUUCGAACAGCUAUACUUGGUGCAGCAGCUGAUACAUGUGGUGUAAAACGUAUUGGAUCAACAAAUGGCCAAAAAAGAACGGCAUGGUGGACGGAAGAAAUUCGCAAAGUUGUAAACCAGAAGAAAGCAGCGUACAAAAAAUGGAUACAACAACCGACAUCAAACAACUGGCAAAAUUACAAACAAAUUCGAGAAAACGUGAAGAAAGUGGUAAGUGAAGCAAAAACAAAGUCAUGGGAAGAUUUCGGACAUCAAAUGGAAUCAAAUUAUCAUACAGCAAGCAAGGUGUUUUGGCAAACAAUUCGACGAUUACGGAAAGGUGGAUUGAAACAAACACGAUCGAUAAAAAAUGCAGAUGGUGAGCUUUUAACAAGCGAAGAAGACAUUCUUGAGCGAUGGAAACAGUACUUUGCAGAAUUAUAUAAUCCGACGAACAAUCAUGGCAAUACUAUAAACCAGGCAACAUCGGGUGAUCCAAACGGCAUUACAUUAGGUGAAGUAUCAUUGGCAAUUAAAUCGUUAAAAUCUGGCAAAGCUGCUGGUAUCGAUGAAAUCAGACCAGAGAUGCUGAAGGCACUCAAGGAUGGUGGAAUACGAUGGCUAACUCGUAUCUGCGGGGUGGUGUGGAAAAGUGGUGAAGCUCCAAACGAUUGGCAGACAGGUAUUGUAGUUCCAAUCUUCAAAAAAGGUGAUCAGAGAGAUUGCUCUAACUAUAGAGGAAUCACUUUAUUAAGCCUUCCUGGCAAAGUUUUCGCAAGAAUAAUCGAGCGAAGGUGUCGCCAGAUCGUCGAACCUCAAAUUCAAGAGAAUCAAUGUGGUUUUCGUGCUGGUAGAAGUACAGUCGACCAAAUAUUCACGUUACAACAAACAAUCGAAAAGUCUUGGGAAUAUGCUAAACCAAUAUAUGCACUUUUCAUAGAUUUGGAAAAGGCGUACGAUCGAGUACCACGUAAUAUACUUUGGAAUGUACUAAAAGAAUAUGGUAUCCGAAAUCAACUACUAUCGGCAAUACAAUCGUUGUACAAAAACUGCCAAAGUUGUGUUCGGAUAAAUGGAAGUAAAUCGGACUACUUCCAAGUACAAGUUGGUCUUCGUCAAGGAUGCGUUCUGUCUCCCUUAUUAUUCGUUAUCUACAUGGACAAAAUAUCUCGAACAAGUGCCAGCUCAACAUGUGUGCAAAUUGGUAAUGUCAAGGUGGAUUCUCUCCUGUUUGCUGAUGACAUCGCACGACUAGCAACAUCAGAAAAUAAUCUACAAAUGGCCCUCAAUAAAUUCGACAAGGUGUGCUUGGACUAUGGAAUGAAAAUCAGCGAAAAGAAGACCGAAGUGAUGAUGAUCUCAAGAGACAUCAGCUUCAAAUAUUUAGGGGUGCAAUUCUCAAGUGAUGGUAGACAAGAAGGUGAGAUCGAUCGAAGAAUUGGUGCAUCAAGUGGUGUUUUACGCACACUCUACCGUUCAGUUGUAACGAAGACUGAACUGAGCAAAAAGACAAAAAUCGCAAUUUUCAAAUCGGUGUAUCGACCUACUCUCAUAUAUGGACAUGAACAUUGGGUACUAACAGAAAAGCUGCGUUCUCGAAUACAAGCAGCUGAAAUGAGAUUCCUCCGCAGAAUAUCUGGAUUAACAAUAAGGGACAAAAUACGUAGUACGAAUAUCAGAGAAUCCCUACAAGUCGAACCACUUCUUCAACAUAUUGAACGAUCUCAACUACGAUGGCUUGGACAUGUCAUCCGAAUGCCACAUAACCGACUUCCGUACCAAGUAUUCGAAGCAAAACCAAUUGGACGAAGACCCGUUGGACGACCACGUACAAGCUGGCGAAAAUACAUGGAAAAACUCUGUCUGGAGCGUUUGAACCUCCGGUGGCCUGCAGUACAGCAAGCAGCAACAGAUCGAAUUCGAUGGAAACAAUUACUGAACGCGCUCAUACCCCAACCCGCAAGGACAAGGGGAAGAAGAUGA